UUUGGCUUUAGGUUUAUCUUUAUCUUUAUCUCCAUCUUUAUCUUUAUCUUCAUCUUUAUCAAUUCAAACAACCAAAAUGUCUCUGGAGGCUCAUGUCAACCCUCAGGAAGCCUAUGAGCUAAUCACCAAGAACUUACAAGAAAUUCUCAAUCCUCAAAUCAUUAAAAAUGUGUUGGAAGUCGAAAAAAGACCAUUGAAAAUCUACUGGGGUACUGCACCAACUGGUAGACCACAUUGUGGUUAUUUUGUUCCAAUGACCAAACUUGCUCAUUUUUUGAAAGCUGGUUGCGAAGUUAUUGUUUUAUUAGCCGAUUUGCAUGCUUUCUUAGACAACAUGAAGGCUACAUUAGAAACUGUUGGCUACAGAGCGAAAUAUUAUGAAUGUAUCGUUAAAUCAAUUUUGAAAUCGAUCAAUGUGCCAAUUGAAAAAUUGAAGUUUGUAGUUGGCUCAUCUUAUCAGUUAACUCCUGAUUACACCUUGGAUAUAUUCAGAUUAUCAAAUGUGGUUUCACAAAACGAUGCAAAAAGAGCAGGAGCAGAAGUUGUCAAACAGGUUGCAAAUCCAUUAUUAAGUGGGUUGAUUUAUCCAUUAAUGCAAGCAUUAGAUGAAGAGCAUUUGGGUGUGGAUGCUCAAUUUGGUGGUGUUGAUCAAAGAAAAAUUUUUGUUUUGGCCGAAGAAAACCUACAAUCGAUUGGUUAUAAAAAGAGAGCACAUUUAAUGAAUCCCAUGGUUCCCGGGCUAACUCAAGGUGGUAAAAUGUCUGCAAGUGAUCCUAGUAGUAAAAUUGACGUCUUGGAAGAUCCUAAACAAGUUAAAAAAAAAAUCAAUGGCGCAUUCUGUGCUCCAGGUGUUGUUGACGACAAUGGAUUGUUAGCUUUUGUUCAAUAUGUUUUGAUUCCAAUUUAUGAAUUGAAGCAUUCAGAUUCUGAAAAACAAUUUGAAUUUUUCAUAAAUAGGCCAGAAAAGUAUGGUGGACCAAUUACUUAUAGUAGUUUCGAUGAUAUUAAAGCUGAUUUCAAAGAUCUUAAAUUGGCUCCUCCAGAUUUAAAAGCCGGUGUUGCUGAUGCUAUUAAUGAGUUAUUAGAACCAGUUCGAAAUGAUUUCAAAAACAGUAAAGAGUUUCAAGAAGCUCAUGAAAAGGGUUAUCCUAUACCAAAAGCACAAGAAAAAGCUAAGAAGAUUAAGAAGGUUAAAAAUAAAGGCAGUCGUUAUCCAACUGGAGGUGCUAGAGCUGCAGUUCCAGCUCAAGCCCAAGCUCAAAAUCAAGUUGAAGAUAAAUUAGCAGAGACUAAAAUAUCUGAAAAUUGAAUAACUCAAAACAAAACAAAAUAGAAAAAAUUCAAAAACUUUAAAUUCCAUUCCAUACGCGUUUUCAUUCUAAUAUUAUACAAUAUAUAAUUAAUCCUAUAGUUAUAUAGUUAAUAGAAAAAAAAAGUCACCAAAUAUCUA